AUGUAUUCAAAUCCUGAAUCAGAGCUAGCAAACGAGCUAAACACAAUUGCUGCAGCCAUACACCCUUAUAAUCCUCAAAAUCGGUUUAAAGUGAUGCUUUAUAAUAUGGCUCCCAAGAAUUACAAUAUUCACCUGCUUCAUUCUAAUAGAUAUCAGCCUAAUGAAAAGCAAGAAUAUUUUAUGACAGAUGGGGCUCUUCUUAAUGAAGCUUUAACUAAAAAUCCAGACCCAGAGCACUUAUACCCUUGACAAAUUAACUCUUGUAAGCAGCUUUCGGAUAGGCUUGAAACAGAUCUUGCCACAACUGGUUUAUUUCUUGAAACUUUAGACAAAAUGGAGACAGAUCUUAGAGAAGUAGAAAUUGAAAUGACAUCUAAAGCUUCAGAACGUUUACGUAAAAUAGAAGAAGGCCAAAAUAAACUUUUCACAAAGCUAUGCAACACUAGACAAAAACUAGAAAAAUUUUUAGAAUCAAAAAAUGCGCUUCAAAGAAAUUCUGGGGCUGAAUUAAAACUUUGAGCUAAAAUUGAUUAUAUUAAUAGAAAGCUGGAAAUUAAAUCAAAACUUGAAAAACUCAAUACAAAUGAAUUAAGAUCAGUUCCAGCUUUGAAAAUCCCAGAUGCAAAGAUGAACGAUAUUCUAAAAUUGCUAAUUCCCACUUCCGUGAGCGAACAAAGCUAUUGGAAAAAUCACUACUUUUUGCCCAAAAAUCAACCCUUUUUUAAGCAGCUUGCAUUUUAAAAUAUAAUUUUUGUUUCUUUACAAAUUGAAAUUUUUUUAAUUUUAAAAAAAACAUUUUUAUAUAGUCAGUGUCACUAACUAUAAAAUUUAUAUAUGAAUUUUAAAAAAAAAUAAAUUAAUCGCCUCAAUGAGAGAACAAAAUGUUUUUGUUCGCUCACGGAAUGGGAGUAAGGGAACAAAAAAAUAGCUUGUCAGAACUCAAAAAAAAUGUAGUCGCUGACAAAAAUCGAGUGCAAAAAAUAGAAGAAAAUUUAAGAAAAGUUAGUAGAAAAUAA